CAGUCAGAUGGGCAUCUAUUACAGUUAGUCAAAUGGUUACAUGCUCUUUUUGUAUGGAAGCGUUUUAUGAAAGCCAUUAGAGAGGCUCCUUUUCUACAUCUAUCAAAAUGCAAAAGGCAAUUCCAGGAAAAAGAACGAAAAGAGGAAGUCAGAGAAAGAAAACAGGAUGUUUCACAAUCCUUCAUCACUUUUCUGACGGCGCAAAACAAUCAGCAGCAAAGAGGCUAAGAUCCCAGGAUGGUACCUGUUCUCUGGAGCUUCAUGGUUCUGCUGGCAGGAUCUGUGGCCCAAAUGACUUGGUACAGAUCCACAUCGAGCUGCGCAGUGACUGGAUCGACGCUCACCCUGCCCUGCACCUUCACUCCUAAAAGGUCUUUCACUGAGGGAAACAGAGAGGUUCCUCUGAAGAUCUUCAGAGUUGGCUGGUGUAAAGGACAUGAGAUCUGUCAGGGAAUGAGGCCUUCUGUGUACGACAGCAGUUCGCCAAACAACGAGCCUCGGUACCGUUACCUUGGAGACCUGGAGGGAAACUGCACUCUGCAGAUCAGCGAUGCUGGGAAGCAGGAUAACGAAACAUUUCGCUUCAGGAUGGAAGCUGAUAAUACGGCUGGACAUUUUACCAACACCACUGGAGUGAAGAUCACAGUUCUUGAUGCAGUAAAGAUGAAGAUAAGCAGCUCCAGUAACACCAGUGAGUUCAGCAGCGGCCAAACCGUCUCGCUGCGAUGCUCCGCCUCCGAAUGUACGUUCACCCACCUGGAGGUGACCUGGCUGAAGGAUGGCCGGGUGCUCCCGGAGAAUGGCUCCACCCUCCAUCUCAGCGCUCUGACUGCAAAGGAUUCUGGGAACUACACCUGUGGCCUGAAGAUAAACAUGAGGCCGACCCAGUCAGACCCGUUCCGCCUGCAGGUGGAGGUAGAGGACGGAGCUUCUGCCCUUCCUCUGGUUGCUGGUGUGGUGUUUGGAGUCCUGCUGCUCAUGAUCACCCUCAUCCUCAUCAUCUUCAUCAUCAAAAGGAAACGAACAGAACUGGAGGCUCCGAACACACUGAGAGGAGAAACAGAGACUAAGAAUGAAGAACUCUACAGCAGCAUCGUGUUGCAUCAUCAGGACGACGCCGCAGGUCAAGGACAGGAAGCGGGCCAUGAGGGCGAGGAGGUCCGCUACGCCUCCGUCCAGUUCAGACCGUUUAGAGAGGACAGGAAAGCAGAGAAGGAAGCGGAUCAGACCAUCUACUCCUCAGUAGCCACCAGAAGCUGAGCUCAGAACCCACUUCCUGCCAGAAGAUCCACCAUCAGGAGGACCUGGUCUGGUCUGCAGCAGAUGAGAGCC